UUUAAUGCUUCUUUGUGCUAGGACCAACUUCUCUCUCUAUACAGUCUACUCCUUCAUCUCUCUCUCCGAAAAACCUUAAAAAAAAAAAAACAACAACUCUUUUAAGCCUUUCCUCGAACGGUUCAUCUACAAGGAGAAACUUCACCGGCGAUUAUCGUCGUUACGAAACCGCCGGUGGGAACCUGAAAUACCUUGAAAUCAGAAGCCAAGCAGAAAACGACUUCUUCUCCUAUCUCGGUUUCAUACAAUAGGUCAUUUCCAGAACAUAACAAACAGCUUUCAUAAUGAAACGGCGACGUUUUGGUGCGUAAGGUUAUAUGCAAGUAUCGAUUGUUGCAUUUGUAUAGGUAGGCAUAGUGGGAGGUGCUGAUGGGAAGGGUGACGGUGGCCGUGGCGGUGGGUGCAGCGGUGGUGGCAUGUGCGGUCGCGGGGGUAUUGUUUGGCAGGAGGGUAAGAAGUAGGAGGAAGUGGAGGAGUGUGGUGGGAGUGUUGAGGGAGUUGGAAGAGUCAUGUGAGACCCCUGUAGGGAGGUUGAGACAGGUGGUAGAUGCUAUGGCUGUGGAGAUGCAUGCUGGUUUGGCUUCUGAAGGAGGCUCUAAGCUCAAAAUGUUGCUCACUUUUGUUGACCAUUUACCUACUGGGAGCGAGGUAGGAACUUAUUACGCCCUGGAUCUUGGUGGUACUAAUCUCAGGGUCGUAAGGGUUCAACUAGGAGGUAGAAGCUCCUCAAUAUUGUCAAAAGAUGUGGAACUGCUGCCUAUUCCUCAGCACCUGAUGACAAGCACUAGUGAGGAUCUCUUUGACUUUAUUGCUACAACAUUAAAGCAGUUUGUUGAAAAGGAAGAAAAUAAUUCCGAGUUUUCUUCACUUAGAACAAGAGAACUUGGGUUUACAUUUUCUUUUCCGGUGAAACAAUUGUCUAUUCGUUCAGGGAUCCUUAUCAGAUGGACAAAAGGAUUUGCUAUUGAUGACAUGGUUGGAAGAGAGGUUGUUGAAUGUUUACAAGCAGGACUGGCCAGGAAUGGUUUAGACAUGCAGGUUGCAGUAUUGGUAAAUGAUACUGUGGGAACACUUGCUCUUGGACAUUACCAUGAUGCUGACACUGUUGCUGCAGUAAUAAUUGGAACGGGUACUAAUGCUUCCUAUCUGGAGCGGUCAGAUGCUAUUAUAAAGUGUCAAGGCCUUCUUACAACUUCUGGAGGCAUGGUUGUGAACAUGGAAUGGGGAAACUUCUGGUCAUCUCAUUUGCCAAGAACUUCUUAUGAUAUUGAUUUGGAUGGUGAAAGCCCUAAUCCAAAUGAUCAGGGUUUUGAGAAAAUGAUAUCGGGACUGUAUCUAGGUGACAUAGUUAGGAGAGUGAUUCUCAGAAUGUCACAGGAGUCAGAUAUCUUUGGUCCUCUCUCUCCCAGCUUGUUGGUGCCGUUUAUUUUGCAUACACCCUUCGUGUCUAAAAUGCACGAGGAUGAUUCUCCCGAUUUGCAGGAAGUGGCUAGAAUCUUGAAAGAAAAACUGGAGAUUCCAGAAGUCCCUUUGAAGGUCAGAAAGCUUGUUGUACGAAUAUGUGAUGUGGUGACCCGUAGGGCUGCUCGAUUGGCAGCUGCUGGCAUUGUGGGAAUCUUGAAGAAGAUUGGUCGGGAUGGGACAGGGGGCAUCAGCAGUAUAAGAGGUAGAAGUGACAUAAAGAUGAGAAGAACAGUCGUUGCAAUUGAAGGGGGUUUAUAUACUAGCUAUACAAUGUUCAGGGAGUACUUGCACGAAGCCUUGAAUGAAAUAUUGGGAGAAGACAUCGCCCAACAUGUCAUUCUUAAGGCCACAGAAGAUGGAUCAGGCGUCGGAGCAGCUAUCAUUGCUGCCUCAUAUUCUUCCUACACUGUGGAUAGCGUACAGUUGCUAUAAAUAUAUAUAUAUAUAUAUAUAUAUAUUAUUUAUAUAUACAUAUAGCCCCUGUAAAUGUAGAAUUCAUUUCAAUAUACUGAAAGGGUUGUCACUAAAAUUUGAUCUUUCCAAAUGGGUUCUCACUGUAUCUUUAUGUUUAAUUUUUUUUCCCCUUUUCCAAUUUUGGUUUAUUUAUUUUUCUUUUUCUUUCUAGGCCUGUAGUAUAUUGAUGAUGUCAAAUGUUAAAUGAUGUUCUUUGUCUUUGAAGAAAUGAAAAGUGAUGCCUUUUACAUUC